UUCUGCAAGCAAAGCCAUGGCUUCUGCGAACCCAGUCCAGUCCCUUCUCGACGCCCUCACUUGCUCCCUCUGCCUGAAGGAGUUCGUUGACCCAGUGAUGCUCAUCGGAUGCGGGCAUAACUUCUGCAAGGCUUGCAUCACUAAGCACUGGAAAGGCUCCUUUAGGAACGCCUGCUGCCCUCAGUGCAAGCGGUGUUUCAUGAAGGCCAAGCUGCAGCAAAACGGGCAGCUGAAGAACAUGGUGGAGGCAAGUCGGCAGCUCACCUGGCGAAGCCUGAAAGAGCCAGCCGCAUGCGAGAGCACCUCCUGCCCUUUGCACAAGGAGCCUCUGACACUUUUCUGCCAAAAGGACAGCAUCCUGAUCUGUGCGAAGUGCGAGGGUCAGCAUCGGGACCACACCAUCCUGUCCAUACAGAAGGCUAUUGAGGAGCGAAAGGAGCAAAUUCUGAGCAAGUUGAAGCUACAACAAGCUUCGGUUGAAAAGUUCAAAGAAGCUUCUGCAUGUGGUGGCCAAGACCUGCUGGAUAAAGCAAGCCUUGCACACCAGGCGUUAGUGACUGAGGUCGAAAACUUGUGCCAGUCUUUGAAGGAUCAAGCACAAUUCCUGGUGCUCUACCUGGAAGAACUGAAAAGCACAAUCUUAAAGAAGAAGGAGGAAGAAGACCGUGAAUAUACCAGGGAUGUAACUCAGCUCGAUGUCUUGACCAGUGCUGUAGAGAAGAUGUGCACUCAGCUAGGGGCUGAACUCCUGAAAGGGCCAUCCCCUCAAGUCAAUGCCUUGAUCAGUGAGGCAGAGAAGAUACAUAGUCACCGACGGGCUGAGUUCUGCAAGGAAUAUGACAUGAUCACCAACUGGAUUGGUGAAGACCAUUAUGAGGAAAACAGUACUGGGGAUCUGGAAAACAAAUGCUAUGAAAUCACUGAGCUAAAUACAACUUUGAAGAAGACGUUUCAGAAAUUCAAAGGUCAGAUGCCAACUGAGAUGUGGGAAGCCAGAAACAAACUCCUGAAAGAAUAUGAACAAGAAAGUGUGUACUUGGAUCGUGACACAGCACACACCUUGCUGGUCCUUUCCGAGGACCUGGGAAGUGCCUGGGAGUCGUACGAGUCGUUUGAGGAGAUGCCUUAUCACCCCAAGAGAUUUGAGAAACGUCAGUGUGUGCUGGGCUGCGACGGAUACACCUCAGGGAGAGUCUACUGGGAAGUUGAUGUGGAAAAGGCAAAAGAAUGGGGUGCUGGGGUGGCCAGGGAAUCCGUGGAGAGGAAGGGCCCUCUGUACUUUAACCCUGAUGACGGAAUCUGGGGAGUAGGCCUAGACAGAGUUGGGUCAGAGAAGGGGUACUGGGCUUUCACCCUUCAAGGGCCUAUUCCUUUGACCGUGCCAAAACCCCUCAAGAAGAUCCAGGUGUAUCUCGAUUACGAUAAAGGGGAGGUGUCAUUUUGCAACGCCACCGAUGCCGCAACCUUAAUCUUUACCUUCCCUCCGGCUGCGUUCAAAGGAGAAAAAAUCUAUCCCUGGUUCUGGGUUGGCAAGGGCCCCAUCAAAAUAUGCCAGUUAGAACCAGAAGAUAUUGAGUUGAAGCUGCUAGAGGCUGGGAUUAUUCAACCUUGGGAUUACUAUGAUUUCUGAGGAAUCUCCUCUUUGUAGGCAUUCCUUGGAUUUGCAACUCCUAAGCACUCUUCCUUCCCAUUGCAAUACGUUCCCCUCUAUCGGUUGGGGUCUGUGGCCACCUCCCUCCUUGCUUCCUCUACUUAAAUCACUCGGGUGGGAACCAUCACCUGUCACCUCAACGGCAUCAGGGCAUCUCCCUGUAUGGAAAUCUUAAGUACCGGUCAGGUGGUUAAGCACGUGACCCUGUUUCUUUUCGAGAGGCAGUCAGUUCAGAAGGGAAAGGCGCACAAACGAUUGCAGCAGUUGUACGUGUGGGGCUGUAGCCAACCUAGUGAUGCGCUGGGAUUUCUGCUUGUGCGAUGGAAUGUGAGAACUGCUCCCCUGCUCCCUCCAACCUAUUUUGGGGUCCUCCCAACCCUCUGCAGCAGUUUGGGGGAGGGGGGGAAGUCUCAUUGUGCAAGUAGAAAUUCUGGUGCUGGCGGGAUGCAUUGGCGAACACUUCCCUAAGCUUCAUGCAUAUCCAUGCAACGCUGGGUGUGGAAUAAAUCAGGACAUAUUUUUGGUGCGUGCCUGUGCGUGCCUUGUUUUUUUGGGGGGGAGGUGGAGUGGGGUGGAAUGCAAUGUGCAUUGCUUUAGUGAGGUGUCUCUCUAUCAAUACUGUUGCCAACCUGGAACCAUCCAGAUGUUUUAGACUACAAGUCUCAUUGGCCUCAGGCAGCAUGGCCACCUGGAGUUUAGAACAUCUGGAGGGCACAAGGUUGGCAGUGGCACAUGCACGCACACACACACACACACUCCACAUUCCCUAUGGUGCUGGAGUUUGGCACUGAAGUGGAGGGAAGGCACCGACAUCAAAAUAAGAAAUCCUUUACUCGUUCAGCCCCACACAAGUCUCCCUUGAGGCACUGUCAAAGAAAACAAUACUCUCUGGUUUUCUCUGUGCUGUGUUCUGUGCAAAACCCCUUUGCGGCAGAGUGUGCAAAAAUAUUGUGUUGCUUUGAAGUGCAUUGGGCUGAUAAAGCAGUGGAGGUUCUCUGUUCUGUUUCCCACUUUCGGUGUUAAUGUAACUUUCUCACUGUAAGAGGUGCGGCAGCUGAACAUACAUUUAAACUCCCUAUUAUCACUCACUGUAAUUUUCUCGUCUCAUUGCCAUCCAGCUCCCACCUAAUCAUUUUCUCAUAUAUACCUGCCAACUAUGAUUUCAUUUUCUGCAUCUAACAAAGUAGGCUGUAGUCCACAAAAGCUUAUGCCAUAAUAAAUUUGUUUUUGGGGUGCCAUAAUACUCUUUUUUUGUUGCCUUUUCUUGGGUUGUUUUUUUAACACCAACUUUAACUCUUAUUGUUAUUGUUAUUAUUAUUAUUUUACAUAUUGUACCCAGGGAUUUGCAUAGUUGUUUUUUUAAACUGAUGUUGUUGGUACCUUUUCGCUGUUUGGAAAGUUCCUGCAUCUAUGCUGCUGUUUCUUCAUGCUCUUUGGCUGUAUUAUAAUAAAAGUGAGAUGCUCA